AUGGCCACAACUUACGAUUCAUCGACGUCGACUGCAGUCAAUGGAAAUAAACCAAAAACAGUACAUUGCCUAAGUCGAAGUCUUGAACGUGCACUUGAUGAUGCCACUUAUACAGGUGAACUGGUUUUAAAUGGACGAAAACUUCGCGAAUUUCCGAAUUAUUCCUAUUCAAAUAAUAAAUGUGAUCUGUCCGAUACCAUAACAGCUGAUCUUUCUCGUAAUCAUUUUGUUGAAUUUCCACGAAUAUUAUGCUCAUUUUCAUCACUUGAACGUCUCAAUCUCUAUAGCAAUGCAAUCAAAUCAAUUCCCGAACAAAUUGUUCAAAUUCGUAUGCUAAAAGUGCUGGAUUUAAGUCGAAAUCAAUUGGCUUAUAUUCCUUCAUCACUGUGUAAACUACCUAAUUUAGAAGUUUUAAUCAUUAAUAAUAACAAACUUCUCUCACUACCUGAAGAAAUCGGGCAAUUAGAACGAUUAAUCGAAUUAGAUGUUAGUUCGAAUGAUAUCAAUCAAAUUCCAUAUCAAAUUGGCACAUUAACAUCGCUUCGAACACUAAACAUUCGUCGAAAUAUGAUUAGAGAAUUACCAGCAGGUAAAUUGAAUUCUUUUGAUUUUUCGUGCGAAAAAUCGGCCAUCUGA